AUAUGUAUCUAUAUAUGUCCGAGAUAUUCAUAUAUUUAUAGGACAAACUUUGUCCCGGGCAGUCACUUCUUUUCCUCUCUCUCCAAUUAUUUUAUCUUUCUUUCAAAAACAUCUACUUUUUAUAAACAAAAACCAGUCUGGUUUCAGACUCAAACCAUAUAUAUCUAAUAUCAUAAGCUUUAUAUUUUCCAAGCCUUCCAUUCCAACAAACUGAAGGAAAAAAAAUGAGUUUCUCUCCAUUCUCAUCCUCAACUCUCUGUCUUGUUUCACAGUACUAUCCAAUCUCUCUUCCUGCUAGGUAGCAGUUUUGUAAAUAUAUUUUCUUUUGAACGAGAUUUUUCAUUUUAAUCUGCGUGUUAUAACAGAAAGAAAACAAAGAAAAAAAAAAGGAAUGGAUUUUGGAAUGGUAAUGGGGUCGGAUUACGGGUCUGGUGCGAUUUCAGAAUCAGGAAAUGAGUUUAUUAGUUCAUUAUCUACUUCUUCUACAGAUCCUGAAAUGAAACAGAGGUUGUACGGAUCUGGUAAGCAGGAGAGAUCUGGUGCGGCCAGUAAUAGUAGUACCGGUCUGGAUGAGUUCUGGCGUAGUAGCUCCAAAAUUGCUAAGACAACUGAAGAUUUCUCAUACUGCAAAUUAGGAAUGGCGCAGCUUCAGAGGCAGAGAAACGCUUCUUUACCAGUACAGAGAUCUAAUUGUACUGGUCAGCAGCAACAAAUGUUAAGCUUUUCUUCUCCCAAAUCAGAAACUUUAAUGGCGGACAAGACCUCAUCUCAGAAUAAUGCUACAUUGUUGCCUUGUAACUAUCCCAACGCUUUCUUAUCUGCUUACACUAGAAACACAGGGUAUAACUCCGGGAGCUUGAAUUCGAACGGUGGUACCAAUAUGCAUGGGGCCAUAACAUGGGCAAAAGGUCCAUUCACUUCAUCUCAAUGGAUGGAGUUGGAGCAACAAGCUUUGAUCUACAAAUACAUUACUGCAAAUGUCCCCAUUCCGUCUAAUCUUCUCAUCCCAAUAAGAAAAGCCAUUGACUCGUCUGGUUUCUCUCACUUUUCAGGUGGACUUCUGAGGCCCAAUACAUUGGGAUGGGGUUCUUACCAUCUUGGGUUCUCCAACAAUGCCGAUCCGGAGCCAGGAAGGUGUCGUAGGACAGAUGGGAAGAAAUGGCGGUGCUCAAGAGACGCAGUUGCAGACCAGAAAUAUUGCGAGCGGCAUAUGAACAGAGGCCGUCAUCGUUCAAGAAAGCCUGUGGAAGGUCAAACUGCCGCCAAGACGUCAAAGGCAGUGCCUUUAGCUUCUUCGUCACCCUCAUCCACCUCUGUUGCUGUAUCGGGCGCCGCCGGCUCUUCCAACAACAGCCUCACCAUUUCGAACCAGCAUCUACUUCAACAACAAAACACUUCAGCUACAACCCACCUAAACAGGAUGGAACAACAGAAAACUUCUUCAGGUCUCUCUCUGUACUCUAAAGAUCAGAAUGCGUUCUUGACUCAGUCUUUCGGACUGGCAACUUCUGACUCUCUCCCCCAAAACCAACAGCAUUCCCUCCGCCAUUUCAUCGACGAUUGGCCUAAAUCACAGCAGACCAACCGAGAAGCCCUUUCGUGGCCGGAAAUAGACAUGCAGACGGACCGCACCCAGUUGUCCAUUUCCAUGCCGCUGGCGUCGUCAGACCACUACAUCUCCUCAUCUUCGUCGCCUGAAAAGACCAGCCUGUCAAUGAGUUUGGGAGUCGGAGCGGAAGAGCAGCAAGUGGGGAAUCGGAAUUGGAUUCCGAUUGCAUGGGAAAACUCAUUGAUGGGGGGUCCACUAGGGGAGGUACUCCACCACUCCAACAACAACAAAAACGGGUCUGUUGUUGAGUGUAAGAACUCGUCGUCGUCCUCCUCGUCGGUGCUUAAUCUGAUGACUCAAGGAUGGGACAAUAGUCCUCCAAUGGGGUCAUCAUCUCCUACAGGGGUCCUACAGAAGACAGCGUUUGGAUCAUUGUCAAAUAGCAGCGCGGGGAGCAGUCCAAGAGGUGAGAAUAACAAAUCUCUUGACUAGAAAGGACAACUGUUACUUUGUAACCCAACAACAAACAGCAUGCUUUGCUUACUACUACUACUGCUAAACUUUGUUUCCAAUAUUGGGAUUGUCACACCUGGUUUCUUUGCAAUUCCAAUUGGUUUUUAAUGUUCGCUUAUGUUUCUCGCUACUUAAACAAAUAACAGGACUCACAAAUUGGAUAUUUUGUGAUUUGUGGGUGCUAUACUUUUGCUUUCGCCUUUCUUUUUCUAAUGAUGCACCACCACUAUGAGGAUUCAUAAA